UAACUUAUUUGGCCAAACAUUUAACCAAAAAUGUAUCAAAUUUUGACUCAAUUUAUAGCAACAUUUCAUCAACUAAUGAGCAAAAUUUUACUCUUUACCGGUUACUCUAAAGGUGAAGCUUUCCUUGAGGUUGGAAAAUCAUUGAAACAAUUUGAAAGUCUAACAAUUUCUUUGAGAGCAUCAAAGUAUGGCUUUAAAUAUUGCAAUCAAAAGUACCGAACUCAUGUCCCCUCUAAAGUUCACCCAAUAUAUUUACUUAUUCGACUUUCCGUUUUCUCUUCAAUUGUUCGAGUUUUCAUGUUUAUCUUUUUUCCCAAUGAAACCAUUUCCCUUUACCUGGCCAAUAUACACUAUAAAAGUGAAAAGUCGCAUACAGCGAUAUUUACGGUUGUCUUGUUUGCUAUUAUUUCAUGCCUUAUUAUGCGAGAAUAUUUUUUAAUCAUUGAAAGGCGAAACGCUAUUCGAUACAAUUUCACCAUUUACCUUUGUUUAAUCAACAAUCAUUUGAGACAAUGUAAAUUGAAACUCUUUCCAUCUUUAGUUGAACCCUUUUACCGAACUGUAACUUCAAUAUCCAUCUUGGCAUAUCAGUUGACUCUAUCGACUACCAUUUCAUGUUUGCUUUUUUCAUUUGCAAUGUACUUUUUCAAUUCAAACUUUUAUUCCGACAAUGUUUACCCAAUUUGCUGCCUUCUUUGGAUGCCAGCCUCUUCAAUAACCUUUGCCAGUCUAGCCAGCUCGGUCAACUCUGUAGCUGGCUAUUCAGCCUUAUAUAUUACCCUUGAUCUUUAUCGUGUUCAGUCAAUGAAACUUUGGGUUAAACACUUAAGACACUCUCGUAAUCAAUUUGAUGCAUCAAACCUAUUAACAUUCAUCAUCUCCUGUCUCAACGAGUACGACUAUCAAGCCAAAAGAACUCGAAAUAUGGCCUUCCUCGGUAUAACCAUAUUUGCUAUGACGGCCAAUUUUUUCCUGUUCGUUUCAAUAAUCAUUAAACCCUAUUCACAAGCUUUUCGCAUGUUCUUUAUUUUCCUUGGUGCGUCUUCAAUUUUUGUCACCAUUUGCCUUUGUUAUGCUGCUGCUACAUUUUUAAGUCAAUUGAACAAUCUGUACCAUCAACUUCAUAUGAGCUGUCGCUACAACAAGUUCAACUUGUCUGUAUCUUUAAAGGCUCUUGAAAUUUUAGACCGAGUUCUAAGUCCAUACAAUGGGAUAACUAUCGACGGAGGUUCGAAGAUAUCAAAGUUAUUUGUCGUUUUUUUCUGCUUGGAAUUUGCUUCCGUAUUUAUGCUUCUUAUUUGCAAUUUGAAAUCACUUUUUUAACGCAAAACACCAUGUAAUUCAAUAACUAUUGAUAAUUAACCAAUAACAAAGUAUUACAAAAAUGUUUCAAUAUCUUUAGUCCAUCAAACUCAAUUUAGAGGUAAGAAAUGAAUCUAAUUUAAAAUUAUACACUUUAAUAUGCUCUCAACCGUUUACUUGAUAAACAUUAAAAGGUUGAAAAAGGACAAAAUUUUGUUCAUUUCACCACAAAUUUGUUCAACAUUAUCUGGUAAAAGUAAAGUUUCAUGGUUAGUUCAAUAUAGUUGAUUGAUUAUAUUGUAAAAUCAAUUACUAUACUCAUUGAUUUAUUUGCUUGUCGAUUGUUAUAUUUAAUAGUUUUGAUUCUCUGGGUUUUAUUUCUU